UAUAUAUAUAUACAAAGUCAGUGAACGGUAGGGAAUGGAGGUAAUGCAGGUACGUGAAGAUUGAGCUGCUGUAAAGGUGUUUCGUUUUAGGUAUAAAAUUUGAAAGUGAAAGAAGGUUAUACAGCGGAAUAAGGAGUUUUGUUUGCCUGGACGUUAAUUCUGGCACAAUCAAGAAUUCAGACUAUCUGCAGAUAUGGCAUCUGGAGCUGUGAAAAAGACAACAGGACUGACAGGCCUAGCUGUGGCAUUAAACCCUCAUCACACUCUGGGAGUACUCUAUGGCAAGAUACUGCGGGCAUUACAGAAGAUGCCGGCUGAAGCAGCAUACAGGAAGUACACUGAGCAGAUUGUUAAAGAGAGGGCAGAAGUUGUGAAAACUACACGUGAUGUCACGGAACUGGAGCACAAGAUUGGAUGUGGCCAGGCAGAGGAGCUAAUUUUGCAGGCAGAAAAUGAACUAAUCCUUGCCCGCAAGAUGCUCAGCUGGAAGCCAUGGGAGACUCUUGUCACCAAGCCUGUCCCUGAACAAUGGACAUGGCCACCUACCAAAUGAGACUUUUCUAGCAAUUGUUUUGUAUAGUUGACAUAUAUAUAUAUAUAUAUGUGUGUAAAUUAUCCAGUAAUAAAACUUUUUUCUCCUCAAAAUCUGGCAUUAU